AUGAGUAAACCUCUCCCUAUGACACCAAAUACUGUUCCAAGAAGAUUAAUAAAACAUAAAAUUGUCGAUGUAAAAACAAAUAUAUGUCUUGGUUUUAAAGAAAAUUUACCAAUAUUAGCGACUCAUCUUUCUCUUCGAGUUAAUAAAAUCAAAAUUGAUAUAAAAGGAAGAAAGUCACUUAAAUUUGAAAAAAAAGAACUUAGAAGUGUUGCUUAUCAAAAGUUACGUGAAUCAGACAAUUUUAUUAUUCUUGAAUUACAAUUUACAGAAACAUAUGUUUUUCUUAUUCAUUUAAAUCUACCACUAACAUUAAAACAAAUAUUAGAAGUUAUUCAAGCAAAACAACCAUUUGUUGAUGAUAUUAAUGUAAAAACAAAAUCCUUUGAAGAUCAAAUAAGAAUUUGGAGAAACAUUGGAAGAUAUAUGGAAAAAUAUUUUGAAUAUAAAAAAAUAAAUAACACGAAACAAAAGGUUAUUGAAAGUAUAGUACAACUUCCAGUUAAUAAUAAUUUAAUAACUUCUCAACAAGAAGUAGAAAAAUUAGAAAUAAAAAAAGAAGAAAAUAAAAUAAAUGAUGCUUGGACCAAAAUAUUUGAAGAACAAGAUGUUCAUACAGUUCAAAGACAAGAAAGAAAUAAUGACUUCCAACCAAUAGCUAAAAGAGAAAAUUUAAAAGAUGUAAAUAAAGAAAAAGAAGAAGAAAUUGAUUUAGAAAAAGAUGUUGUAAUAGAAACAAAAAAAAAGAAAGAACAAAUAGCAAUAGAUCUAGAGAAAGAUGAAUGUAUAGGAAAAGAAAAACCAAUUAUUUUAGAAGAUGAUGGAAAUUCAAUAAAAGAAACUGAAGUUUAUUUUUAUGAAAGUGAUGGAAAAGAUUAUACAUUAGAGAUGAGUGAUUUAGAAGUGUUAAAUGGUAUAGAAAUGAUUAAUGAUGGAAUUAUAGAUUUUUAUAUGAAAUAUAUUGAAGAUAAAGAAAUGGAUCAAAAAUAUAAAGGAAAAAUGUUAUUUAUGAGUCCAUUUUUUCUUAAUAAAUUACAGUCAUAUUUUAGUUUACAAGAAUAUCAAUCAGAACAUCAAAAUAUUAAAAGAGAAGAAUUACUUGAAAAAUGGAGACAAUUACAGUCAUGGUUAAAAGGAAAAAAUAUAUUUGAAUAUAAUUAUAUCUUUCUUCCUUUUCAUCAAAAUUCACAUUUUUCAUUAAUUGUUAUUUGUUUUGAUAAAACUUCAGGAUUUUCUGAUUUAAAUGAAAUUGAUACAAAACAAAGUCUUGAAGAAGCACCAUGUUAUAUUUCAAUAGAUUCACUUCACUCAGAAUUUAUGGAAGAUAGAUUAAAGACAGAAAUUAAUUUAUUUAUUGAAGAAGAGUAUUUUAAAAAUUAUAAAGAAUGUAUAGAUGCAUCAGAUAUAAUGAAAGAAUAUAAAAUUAAUACAGUUAAACAAAAGAAUUGUGUUGAUUGUGGAUGUUAUAUGUUAUAUUAUAUUAGAAAAAUAGCAAGUCAACCUAAACGAACAUUAAAAGAAUUUCAAAAUGUUUUUAAUGAAAAAGAAGCCGAAGAAGAAAGAAAAAGGAUUGGUCAAAUUAUUUCUGGUUUAAAUAAAAAACAGAUUUAA